AUGGGUGUUAAAAUGAACAUGCAUGUCCGGGUCAAGUUAAAAGCGCCCAACGCGCCGAGCGACCCCAAAAUGUCCGCCUCGUCCUCGCGCCUCAACCGCCCGCGAGCUUGCGCUCUCGCUCCGCCGGUGCAGCCGCCGCUGCCGAGCUCGCCCGCUCCGCCCCGCACCUGCCCGUGCCCCCGCCGAGGCUUGCCAACCGCCGCGCGCACGCGCUGCUCCACGCCCCGCACCAGCCCGCACCGUCGCCGCGGCCUGCAGGCCGGCGUGCGCCGCGCCCGCCGCGCCACGCCCGCCCGCGCUCUGCGCCCCUUCGCGCCACGCCACUCCCAGGCGCGCCCGGCGGCCCGCGCCACGCCCCCACGGCCUGCGCCCCGCGCCCGAAUGUGCCCCGCGCGCCCCGCGACGCACUGCUCCGCGCCCGCCGGCGCCAGCCUGCGCCCACCCGCGCCGCGCUGCUCCCGCCACGCGCACCGCCACGCGCCCUGCUGCGCCCGUGCACUGCCGCCUGCGCCCCGGGCGCCAGGCACAGCACGCCGGCUCCGCCGCGAGCCACGGGUGGAGCCCCGCGACCUGCGCGUGCUCGGGAGGCUGGUGCUGGUGCUUGUUGGUCCGCCGGCGGGGAGGAGCACCGGCUCGGCCGUGCUUUGA